AGUUGGCUGUGGAGCUGCCGUCAGUUCAGCUCAAUGCAGCAAGCUUCGGAAAAAAGGUAGCCCUAGCUGAAUGAAAAGUGAAAAGCGAGUGUCAAAGUUGUGUCGUGUGCGAAUUUUUAUACUAUUAUGGAUUUAUGUCUUAGAGGCUCCCAGAUAAACCUCGCCGCUAGACAAAAAACGAAGCCCAAGUACAAUAGUCGCUCCCUGACUACGCUACACAGCCCGACGCCGCAUUUUCGUCCACGUUCGGCCAACUUUCUGCAGCAACGCAGUCGCUCCUCGCCCUUCCUGGGACGACCGCAGUCGGCGGAUCCCAAGUUCGGACGUAAGCUAAGCGUUUACUUUGGUGACAAGGAGCUGCGGCACAAUAAGCACGCUCAAGUUUCUUCCACGGAUCUGCUCAAAUCGCUGUUAGAGGAGCCCAUCAAGCGCAGCUGGCUGUGCCGCAGCACCUGCAAUUCAUCCACCGACGAACAGUCGGAUUUCUCGCAGAAGUCAGAAGUCAGAAGUCACAGCAGCGAGGGUGAGCAGCUGGAACGUUUUCUGAGCAGAAUGCCGGGCACAGGCUCAGCCACAGGUACAGGCACGGACAAAGCCAAAUCGUAUGCUUCCAAUUGGUCGGCGGGCAAGAGUCAGGGCCUUAGCAAUGCGACGCUACUGCAAGUGACUGCUAAGCCAGAUUUGCCGGGUCGUGUGUCGUUCAGCAAGCCGAACAGCAGCAGUCAGCACAAUGAUGUCGAUUCCAGUGACUGCGACAAUGAUAAGCAGGAUAUAAGCAGCCACAGUGUUAAUAUCUCAGCUCCAGGUCCUCUAACACUGCCCAGCUUUAGCUAUAAUGGGAACGGAAAUAAGUUGGAACCGGGCGACGCCAGUGGACAAAAGAAAUCUGUGCACUUCGGCAGUCCAAAUGCUGGGAGCGGCAGUGCCGAGGUGCUGGCUGAGACCUAUGAGUAUCCCAAAUGCCCGUCGGAAAACUGCACCUGCAGUACCCGCUCCUCCUCCACGGCCAGCACCGACGAAGCCACCGCUGACAUCAAAUGCUCCUGCGAUGCGCCCACUUGUCGCUUUGCGGAGAUCAAGCCACAGUUGCCCCUGUCUGCGCCCACGCCCAAGUCUGUCACGCCGGAGCCGAGUGUAAUCAGCGAGUAUAAGCAGGCGGUGGGUGAGUCGAUGGUUAAAACCCUGAAGCCGCUGGAGCCAUUAAACAACAUGGAAUUGCCUAACUAUUUGGAUAAGUAUGCAGCACAGACCAAGGAUAAGCAGAACAAUUUGUCUGAGAAGAAUCUUAGUCCAGUGAAUGGCAGCAAUAACAGCAACCACGAUCAGAGUAACAGUGGCGCCACCUACCGCUCGACUGGGCAACGCAAUUUUGGCGCUGAGAAUAAUUUUCUGCCCAUUGUGCAGGAGGAUCGCAGAAAUUUCGGCAACAGCGGCGCUGAUUCUGUCAUUAGCAAUUAUCUAAAGAUUGCUGGCACUCCCCCAUUUGUGGGCAAAAAGAAGGAGAAUGUGAAGCCAACCAGUGCAGAGGCCAGCAGACGAAACAGCAACAAGACCACAUUUCUGGCCAAAAGCCCAACAAUUGGCUCCUCCGGCAAGCUGAAGAAGGCCGUCAGUGUGGGUAGCCUGCGAGAGGAGCGCAAGCUGACCGAGUACAACCUGGAUAAGGUAGACAGUUGGAUGAGCAUCCACGAGCAGAAGCAGGCGCUUGCCCAGUUCGAGGAGCUACACAAACAGGGCGUGGACGAGCUGGACGAGGGUAACGACAAUGACAAUGACAACGACAGUGGCUCGCAAUUGUCGCUUAAAUCGAACGAGGACUCCAGAGGCUCGACCUACGAUGAGAUUGUGUCAGUUAUCAAAGAAAUUGAGGAGGAUAAGAAACGGGAUAAUUUUGCUGAGCGUCUGCCAAGCGAUCUGAACUUGAAGCUAUCCAGCUCAAGAGCGGACACGACGGAUUCGGUUAGCCAAAUCGGUGACAAGAUGCCCGAAAGUGGCGACAAGUACAAAGACAUUUUGGCAUAUCUGAAUAAUGUGGAGAGCAGCUGUGACAAAACUCUGAUGGAAACCCGUCGUUCUAUCCCGGACACCAAUCGGUCCGAAGUAGAGUUUGUCAUGGAGCCGGACGUGACUGAUGAGGUGCCCAAACUCUCCGAGCUGCUAAUGCUUCCCAACCACCAGCUGGCUAGACGGGUCAUUGCGCUCAGCUUACGCGCCAACGAGCUGGCCAAUGCUAUUCAUAUGUCCAAGGAGCAUGUGAUUCAACUGCGCAGCGAGAAGCAGAAGUCUAUCCGUGCCGAAAAGUCCAACAGCGCUACGAAAAUGCGCGAUCAGAAGAAGCAUUACGAGGAGGUUGUGACGCGUCAUCAGGGCUUCAUAGAGCAGCUGCUCAAGGAUAAGGGGGCGCUCUGCGAGAAGGUGGCUGCAUUAACGCGUCGCCUGGAGAGUCAGAAUCAAGCCUGGGAGCAUCGACUCGAAACCGAACUAGCUCGCACCAAGGAGACAACUCUAGCGGGUGAGAAGAUCCGACGCGAGCGUUGGGUGCGAGAGAAUACCAAGAAAAUUAAGGAACUCACGGUCAAAGGCCUAGAGGCGGAGAUCAACAAAAUGAAUUGUGAUCAUCAGCGCGAGGUGACGGAGUUGAAGCGUGCGCAUCAGAUGCAGCUGCUAGAUGCACUGGAGGAGGCGCGGCUAAAGCACGAACAAAUCGAGCAUGCAAUUCGCGAAAGUUGCGCCCAGGAUCGUGAGAGCAUCAUUGAGAAGGAACGUACGGCCAUACGAGAGCGUUUUGAGCGUCAGCUGGAGGAGGAGCAGAAAACCCAGGCCGAGCUGCGACAGAAACUUGCCGAUGAUUUUGCCGCAGAGCGCGAACGUCUGCAGGUGGAGCUGCGGCAAAAGGAAGCCGAAUACCUAGCCAAGCGACAGGAGACGCAGCGGGACCACGAGAGCGAGCUAGAGCAGGCUAAGUUUGAAAUGCAGGAAAAGAUGGCCAAGCAGGAAGAGAAGUAUCAGAAUCGCAUUAAUACCGUCGAGCAGCAAUACUUAGCUGACUUUGAAUUGUGGAAAACCGAAUUCGAGAACAAAUCCAAGCUGGCCUUAGCUGAGAAGGAGAAUGCCAUAAGGCAGCACUAUAGAGCCGAGCGAGAUCGACAGUUAGACGAGUUGGUGGUGCGUAUGGAGGCAGACGCACUCCAAAGCAGCGAGGAGCACGAGCAAAAGAUACUACGUCUCAAGGAGAAGUUCGAGAAGGAUUUACAGUUGGCUGAGAACGUGGAAAAGUCACUGAGGGAAAAGUAUGCCGACACACGUGAGAAGUUGGCCGAGGCUGAUGCUCAGGUGCGCAAUAGCCAGGCAGAAGUGAAACAGCUCCAAAUGGAGCUCAGCCACAGCAAAAAAAUGUGCGGCGACUUCAUCAACGAGCGGGACAAGCUGCGCGAAAGCCUGAAUGCGGAUAUACAAAGCGAGCUAAAUGUGCUCAACGAGCGCCACAAACAGGAAAUGGAACAGCUGCAGAAGAGGUAAAGAGCUGAUGAUGUAACCAAUAUAUAGAUCAGAUUUAUU